AUGCCUUACAAGCCCCACGACCCCUCCUCCCCCAUCCAAAUCCCGACGUCCGAGCUCAACGUCCUCGAGUACUGGAACGAGAUUGAUGCGUUCAAGACCUCGCAGAAGUUGUCCGAGGGCAAGCCCGAGUUCUCCUUCUUCGAUGGGCCGCCCUUUGCGACCGGAAAGCCUCAUUAUGGUCAUCUUCUAGCCGGUACUAUAAAGGACGUCGUGACCCGCCAUGCUCACGCGACCGGACACCACGUCGAGCGUCGCUUCGGCUGGGACACGCACGGUCUCCCAGUCGAACACGAGAUUGACAAACAACUUGGGAUUACCGGCAAGGCCGACGUCCUGGCCAUGGGUAUCGACAAGUACAAUGCGGCGUGCCGGGAAAUUGUCAUGCGAUACUCGGGCGAAUGGCAGUACACUGUCGAGCGGAUGGGGCGGUGGAUCGACUUUGAUACCGGCUACAAGACACUCGAUCCGUCGUACAUGGAGUCGGUCUGGUGGGUGUUUGGCCAGCUGUGGGAAAAGGGGCAAGUGUAUAGGGGGUUGAAGGUUAUGCCGUACUCGACGGGGUGCACCACACCGCUGAGUAACUUUGAGGCUGGAGAGGACUACAGAGAUGUCAGAGAUCCGGCCGUCACCGUGUCCUUCCCCCUUGCCGAUGACCCAAACACCUCUCUCCUCGCGUGGACGACCACCCCCUACACCCUCCCCUCCAACCUCGCCCUCUGUGUUAACCCCGACUUCACCUACAUCAAAGUCCACGAUGUCGAGCGGAACACCAACUUUAUCCUUCUCGAGAAGCUCCUCGGGACAGUCUACAAGGACUACGUUCCGGCUGGUGCCGCUGCCGCCACUGGAAAGAAGGCGGACGCCAAGAAGAAGAAGGAUGACAAGGAGGAGGAGCCAAAGUUCAAGAUUGUCGGAAGCUUCCAGGGGAAGGAUAUGGUCGGGUGGAGAUAUGUGCCGAUGUUUGACUACUUUACCGAGCAGUAUGAGGACCGAGCCUUCCGCGUUCUCGCCGACGGCUACGUUACCGACAGCUCAGGUACCGGUAUCGUCCACCAGGCUCCCUCGUUCGGAGAGGACGAUCACCGUAUCUGUGUUGCACAUGGGAUCGUCCGGGACGACGAGAUCCCGCCAUGUCCAAUCGACGAGUCUGGGAAGUUCACGUCCGAGGUGCCAGAAUAUCAGGGCCGAUACGUCAAGGAAGCGGACAAGGACAUCAUGAAGCACCUCAAGGAGAAGAACCGUCUCAUCACCCAGGGCGACAUCACCCAUUCCUACCCCUUCUGCUGGCGGUCCGGUACGCCGCUCCUCUACCGUGCCAUCCCCUGUUGGUUCGUCCGCGUCGCCAACAUGUCGGACAAGCUUGUCGCGCUCAACGAAAAGACCCGCUGGGUACCCGCCGCGGUGGGCGAGAACCGGUUUGGGAAUUGGUUGAAGAAUGCGAGGGACUGGAAUAUCUCGAGAAAUCGGUACUGGGGGACACCGAUGCCUCUUUGGGCGAGCGAGGAUAUGAAGGAGGUCGUUUGCGUCAGCUCGGUCGCGCAGCUCGAGGAGUUGUCGGGUCUGACCGGGAUCAAGGACCUCCACCGGGAGAGCAUUGACCAGAUCACUAUCCCAUCCAAGCAGGGCAAGGGGGACUUGAAGCGUAUUGAAGAGGUGUUUGACUGCUGGUUCGAGUCUGGCAGCAUGCCUUACGCCCAGUCCCACUACCCCUUCGAGAACGAGGCCCGGUUCAAGAAGUCUUUCCCCGCCGACUUUGUCUCUGAGGGUAUUGACCAAACCCGAGGAUGGUUCUACACACUCCUCGUGCUCGGUGCUCACCUCUUCGACAAGGCACCAUGGAAGAAUCUCAUCGUCACUGGUCUUGUUCUCGCUGCGGACGGCAAGAAGAUGUCCAAAAAGCUCAAAAACUAUCCCGACCCAAUGGAGAUCGUCUCCAAAUUCGGCGCCGACUGCGUCCGGCUCUUCCUCGUCAACUCUCCCGUCGUCCGCGGUGACAACCUCCGAUUCAGAGAAGAAGGCGUCCGCGAAAUUCUCACCUCGGUCAUCCUCAAAUGGAUCAACUCGCUCAAUUUCUACCUGGGCCAGGUGGAGCUGUACGAGCAAGCAUCGGGCAAGAAAUUCGUCUAUGAUCCCGAGGCGGCCAAGAGCCAGAACGUGAUGGAUCGGUGGAUUUUGGCGAGUUGUCAGACGCUCAUUCAGCAUGUGGACCAGGAGAUGUCGGCGUACCGACUAUACACUGUCAUCCCGAAGCUGCUCGACCUUAUUGCGGACCUGACCAACUGGUACAUCCGCUUCAACCGGACCCGGCUCAAGGGUUCGGGAGGGGAGGAAGACACAUUGUCUGCCCUCAACACGCUCUACGAAGCGCUCUUCACUCUCUGUCUUACCAUGUCUUCCUUCACCCCCUACACUUCCGAGAUGGUCUACCAGUCUCUCCGCGCUUCGUCACCUGCACCAAAGGAAGGCGAGGAUGUCCGCUCGGUCCAUUUCUUGCCGUUCCCCGCCAUGCGGAAAGAAUACUACGACCCCGUCAUUGAGCGUCAGGUCAAGCGGAUGCGGGCUGUCAUUGAGCUUGGGCGUGUCAUCCGGGACCGCAAGACCCUCCGAACCAAGAUGCCCCUCAAAGAGCUCAUCAUCUUCCACCACGACCAGGAAUACCUCGACGACGUCCGGUCCCUCGACUCGUACAUCACCGCCGAGCUCAACGUGGUCUCCAUCACCUACACCUCGGACGAGUCCGCCGUGGGCAUCAAGUACCGCGCCUCGGCCGACUACUCUGUCCUCGGCCGGAAACUCCGCAAAGACAUCGGCAAGGUCCGGACCGGUAUCCCCGCACUCGACUCGUCGGCGUGCAAAGCCUUCCUCGCGGACAAGCGCGUCCAAGUCAACGGUGUCGAGCUCGUGGACGGCGACCUCUUCAUUGCUCGCUACGUCGAGCAGUCGGAGGAGGACAAGAAGGCGUUCGAGAGCGAUACCGACGGGGACGUCAUUGUUCUCUUGGAUAUCCGGAUGUACGCCGAGCUCGAGGGCCAGAGCCUCAUCCGGUCGCUCACUGCCCGAGUCAACAAGCUGAGGAAGGAGGCGGGGCUCAAGCCGGUGGACAAGGUCGAUGUGGUGUACGAGUUUGAUGAGGGAGAGGAGGACGCGCUGAGGGGGGCGAUCCCGGGGAACGAGGAGAUGCUCGAGAAGGCGAUUGGGACGGUGCCUGUCCCAGCUUCGCAGAGCAAUGGGGGCGGCAAGCUGUUGGGGACGGAGAAGAGGGUCAAGGAGGCAGAGUCGGGCGGGAAGGAGGAGAAGUAUACUUUGAGUCUGUUUGGGAGGGAUUAG